CUGAUCAUGAUCUGGGUGCGCUUAUCCUUACCAAAUGCCACGAUUUUGGGCUUUUGGGCUUUUUUCUCUUUGACCUCAAAUUUACAUUUUCUUGCCUAGCCUUUAUUCAGUCCACAAAUGAAGUCGAGAAUCCUCCGUAACAUCAAGGCGCGCAAGUCGAUUGUGGACAAGGAGCUGGAGCGGACAAUAUGGCGGUACAUGUCGCGCAACACGACACUGGAGCCUCAAAUUCGCAUGCAGGCGCAGCUGGCGCUGAAUCGCACGCCGCGCGAGGCCAGCCCGACGGCCAUUAAGAACCGCUGCCUUAUUACCGGCCGUGGUCGCGGUAUCUUCAACGAGUGGAAGAUGUGCCGCUUCCAGUUCCGCCUGCACGCGCUGAACGGCGAUCUGCCGGGUGUCGACAAGGCAUCGUGGUAAAGGGUGCGUGGCACUGGGCUCGUCUGCAGCUGUCAAAAAAUAAAUUGUGCUGAAUGUCUAUCUCGAAAAAGGUACUUUUGGGUGCGUCUACCAGGUAGGCGCGAAGCCUGCUUGGCCAGAUCGAUCAUCUUCCAGCCGUUGGUGACUGGAUCGUCGGCGUUCUCGGGAACCUUGGUGAAGAUCGAGACGUAGUGGCAGGCCUCAAUGACGUCCUCAGAC